AUGGAAGUGGAGAACCAGACGUCCGUCUUGGAAUUUAAGCUUCUUGGAUUUGGAAAACUUCAAAGCCUAAAAAUCCCUCUCUUCUGUUUGUUCCUUACCAUCUACUUGGCCAUCAUGACUGGAAAUCUCCUCAUUAUAUCACUGGUGUUAUCAAGUCAAAGUCUUCGAUCGCCCAUGUAUUUUUUUCUCAGCCAUCUGUCGGCGUGUGAUGUUUUGUGUACAACAAAUAUUAUACCCAACAUGCUACAUGUCAUAUUUUUAGAGGUCGUCCCCAUCCCCGUUACUCAUUGUAUGAUUCAGUUCUACAUAUUUGGAAGCUCCACUAGCACUGAGUCGUUCCUACUUACAGUGAUGUCUUAUGAUAGGUAUCUGGCGAUUUGUUACCCCCUGCAUUACUUCUCCAUUAUGGACUUCAGGCUGAGACUCAACCUCGCUUUCGGGUCUUGGCUGUUGGGUUUUGCCGCUACCCUAAUCCCUGGGUUGCUGAUAAGCACCUUCAAAUUUUGUGGCCCUAAUGUUAUUGACCAUUUCUUCUGCGACCUUGCCCCGUUUCUUUCACUUACAUGCUCGGAAAAUGCCUCCAUGGUGGAAACCAAAAUUAUUGUGUUUUCCCUCCCAGUGAUCUUAUUUCCAUUUUUAUUCAUCAUGGCGACCUACGGUAGCAUCUUUAUUACUAUUCUCAGGAUCCCCACCACCAUGGACAGACAGAAAGCUUUCUCUACAUGCAGUUCCCAUUUGAUUAUUGUUUGUACCUAUUACGGGACGUUGAUUAUUGUUUACAUGGUUCCAAGCAAUGGGCAUUAUUCAAAUGUUAACAAGGCUUUGUCACUUCUGUACAUUGUGGUGACGCCAUUAUUCAACCCUCUCGUAUACAGCCUGAGGAACAAGGAGAUCCAUUCUGCGGCUUGGAAAAUGUUUUGCGUGAAGAGCAGAUGA